AUGUGGUCUGGAUGCCGUCUUGAAGGGGGUGCGGGGGUCGAGGUGUUGUGCAACCGGGGCGCGCACAGAAUAGAAGCGCGCCGCCCCAGCGACAGGAGAGUCUGGCUGCAGGCUGCAGAUGAGUUUAGAGUGUGUGUGAGUGAGAGCAUCAAGAGAUCCGACCUGGAGGAGAGUGUGUGUGUGAGUGGCUAGUGUGGGAGACAGCGGCGAGAGCGGGACGCACGGGCACAACUUGGGAUAACUCACCUGGCUGGACAGAAACACUCUCUCCCUCCAUCGCUCCUAUCAUCUUUCUCUCUCCUUACUAACGGAUUCAAGCGGUGUGAUAGGCUACUGGUCUGGCUGCGGGGAUGGUGUUAAUGUACGCCUAUAGGAUGUGUGCGUUCGGUGGGAUGUUGUGUCGCGUGGUGUCGGUGCUGUGGCCGGUCCUUUCGGUGGUCUCGGGGUUCAACCUGCAUGCGGAGCGCCCCGCCGUGUACCGAGGACCAGAGGGGAGCUACUUUGGUUACUCCGUGGACUUCUACCGACCGACCCCCGAAAGCAGCACGUGAGUGACAACAGUCCGAGACCACAACUAUCACUUUAAAACGUUGCAUUUGAACGUUCUUAAUUUAAAUUUCGAACAGCCCACAGCCCACAUAGGUCUGCGGGUUAAUAUUGGGUUACUUGAAUUAAGUCUGGAUUCCCAGAAAAUGUCCGAACAGAGAGAUGGGUUCACUCACAAUAUAAUAGAAAAUAAUAAUAAUUUCAACUGGAAAUUCAUCUUGCAAGUGAACACAAAUACAGUUCUAUGUGACUAUGUGUUGGGACAGUUUUCCAAGCACACCAAGACUGCAGGAAACAGUAUGUAAUAAUGCAAGUAGCCUACUGUACUUCUGCUUUCUGUGCUGACUCUGUGAUGAGCACUGGGAUUUGUAAAGGAUCUGAGGACUGUUUUAUUACCAAGAUGUUUCUUGUUUCAGCUCCUUAGUUUUAUGCACUGGAUAAGAGCUUCUGCUAAAUGACUAAAAUAUUAAUGUGUCUUGCCCAAUGAAUGUGGGUAAUACUCUUUCUCUCUCUCGCAGAGUGUGUGUCUGUGUGUGUUAAAGACCAUCUCUUUCUCUCAAGUUUUGUGUGUGAACAUUCAAUUAGUGGGAUUAUAUCUGUGUGAUGACGGUGUCCCUGCAGGUUGAGUGUGUUGGUGGGAGCGCCCAAGGCCAACACGUCCCAGCCAGGCAUCAUAGAGGGGGGAGCUGUCUACUACUGUCCCUAUCCCCCAAACCCUGACCCCACCAAGCAACCCCACAGCUGCUCACAGAUACCCUUCGACAACGCUAGUGAGUUACACCAUGCUGUGUACCUGUGUGUGUGUGUGUGACGUGUGUGCGUGAGUGUGUGUGUGUGCUGGUUCUGCUCGCACAAAGUUCAUGAGUGAGUAUGAAGGGGUUAACUCCUGCCCAUGUGGUUGGCUUCAGGUUUCAGGAGAACAGAAGAACUGUACGUGUGUGUGUGUUCCUGUUAGAAGUGUAAUUUCACCCGAUACACUUCAUACAUCCGGACAAAUAACAGAACACAAGAGAGCGCCCUCACCAUUAAUGUGUGUAAGUGUGUGCAUGGUCCGUGUGAGUGUGUGUGUGUGUGUGUGUGUGUGUGUGUGUGUGUGUGUGUGUGUGUGUGUGUGAUGAUCCAUAUGGUCUUUGUCAGGUGGAGUGUGUAUGAAGAGGGCCAUAGAAAUAUAACUACUAUUCAUUUCUAUGAGAAAGAUAUAGUGGUGGGUGGUGGCUGAAUGCAUCUGUCUGUCUGGUGUUCUGGAAUUCUGGUACUGUCACCUCUGUUUCUUUACUGAAAAACUACUUCCUGUUGCACUAACCAGUCUAUUCUGAUAGGAAGGGCAAUUAGAUUAAUAACUCCCCUACUCUCGUUCUCCCUAAAUCUCUCCCUCGCUUCCUCUCUCUCUCUCUCCAUCACUCUCUCAAUUAUCCUGGGGGAGGGGUAAAGUGUGAGCGUGUAUGAAGCGGUCAGGGGGCUAGGGGGGGUAAACUGUGAGCACAUGGGAAUUCAGUUUCCCUCUGAGACUGGAGGGGAUAAGAGGGAGGGGGAAGGAGGGGAGGUCUGCUUUUUAUUAGAUCUUCAAAUUCAUCCGUGUUUGUGUGUGUGUGUGUGUGAGUGUGUGUGUGUGUGUGUGUGUGUGCGUGAUUGAUGUGCAUGAAUAUGGUGGACAUGGCUAGAGUUACUGUAGCCUCAUUAAUAAAGGUACAAACCAGCGACAUGAGAGACACACACACAUGCCUAUCAUCUAUCAUCACACACACACUCACACACACACACACACACACACACGCACACACACACGCACACACACGCUCACACACACACACACACACACACACGCACACGCACACACACGCUCACACACACACACACACACACACACACAGAGAGAGAGAGCCAUACUGGGCAGGGCCUCAGUCAGGGGGAAAGACAGGGAGAGGAGGGUGAAGGAGAGAGAGAUUGAAGGAAUUAAGCAAUAAGACUAGAGAGGGUACGUUGUGUCGAUCAGAGGCAUGGCUGUGGUGCACCUGACCUGGUGUCAAAGGGAAGAGACCAAGCCACUGUAACUGGGUUAGGAGUUAGGAACAGUGUGCAUGAGGUCAUUCUAAUGACAAAACAUGACAUAAGACAUAUGGGGAUAGUUCACUCAAAUUUCAUAAUUAGUACAUUUCUUUAUUACCUGUCGUCUAAUAUGGGCCGGGAGAAACUGCAGUCUUCAGUGCGUGUGUGUGUGUGUGUGUGUGUGUGUGUGUAGGUUGCUGGUGUUUUAUGAGGGGUAGAGACUCCGUCUCUCUAAACAGGCCCAGCUGGCCUUCAAUAACACAGGAAAGGAUCUGCACUGGAGCAGGCUAACGCCCACUGACACACACACACACACACACACACACACACACACACACACACACACACACACACACACACACACACACACACACACACACACACAGUCAUACACAUUUACAACAUGACAAUGGACAUUAAAGAUCAAGGUGUAUUUCUAGAAACUUCAAUAGAAACAUAAUUUUAAAAAGUUAGUGUUGUCCAUAUUACUUUAGUUAGCUUACAAAUCUGGGCCUUCCAUUGUGUAUAGGCAUGCAUGACACAUGUUGUACAGAGACUAGACCUAUUAAGGCUAGGGCAGGUUGAUUGAUGCCAUAAUAAAAGUAUCUCUAUCACUCUUUCCCUCCUCCCACCUCCCUCCCUCCAUCUCUCUCUAUAGAUAACAGGAUGAUUAAGGUGAAUGGCACCAGGGAGCCUCUGGAGUUCAAGUCUCACCAGUGGUUUGGAGCCUCAGUUAGAACUCACAAAGGCAAAGUGGUGGUGAGGAAUUAUAUUCUGUCUAACCCUAACCCAUCAUAGAUGUAAACCAUCAGUGCUAUGACUAACUAAUACACUUUGAACCAGUCAUAUACAUGUAAUGUGUGUGUGUGUGUGUGUGUGUGUGUGUGUGUGUGUGUGUGUGUGUGUGUGUGUGUGUGUAGGCCUGUGCUCCGCUCUACCACUGGCGUACAGUGAAGGUGAAUGGUGAGAAGGACCCGGUAGGAACCUGCUAUGUUGCCGUGCAGAACUUCAGCGCCUACGCAGAAUACUCACCCUGUAGGACCAGUAAGUUCACACACACACACACAUACACACACAUAACGUACAAACACAUACACAUGAACACACAUACAGUGAGGGAAAAAAGUAUUUGAUCCCCUGCUGAUUUUGUACGUUUGCCCACUGACAAAGAAAUGAUCAGUCUAUAAUUUUAAUGGUAGGUUUAUUAGAACAGUGAGAGACAGAAUAACAAUAAAAAAUCCAGAAAAACACAUUUCAAAAAUGUUAUAAAUUGAUUUGCAUUUUAAUGAGGGAAAUAAGUAUUUGACCCCCUCUCAAUCAGAAAGAUUUCUGGCUCCCAGGUGUCUUUUAUACAGGUAACGAGCUGAGAUUAGGGCACACUCUUAAAAGGAGUGCUCCUAAUCUUAGUUUGUUACCUGUAUAAAAGACACCUGUCCACAGAAGUAAUCAAUCAAUCAGAUUCCAAUCUCUCCACCAUGGCCAAAGAGCUCUCCAAGGAUGUCAGGGACAAUAUUGUAGACCUACACAAGGCUGGAAUGGGCUACAAGACCAUCGCCAAACAGUUGGUGAGAUUAUUCGCAAAUGGAAGAAACACAAAAGAACGGUCAAUCUCCCUCGGCCUAGGGGCUCCAUGCAAGAUCUCACCUCGUGGAGUUGCAAUGAUCAUGAGAACGGUGAGAAAUCAGUCCAGAACUACACGGGUGGAUCUUGUCAAUGAUCUCAAGGCAGCUGGGACCAUAGUCACCAAGAAAACAAUUGGUAACACACUACCCGGCCCGUCUGAAGUUUUCCAAUGAACAUCUGAAUGAUUCAGAGGAGAACUGGGUGAAAGUGUUGUGGUCAGAUGAGACCAAAAUCGAGCUCUUUGGCAUCAACUCAACUCGCCGUGUUUGGAGGAGGAGGAAUGCUGCCUAUGACCCCAAGAACACCAUCCCCACCGUCAAACAUGGAGGUGGAAACAUUAUGCUUUGGGGGUGUUUUUCUGCUAAGGGGACAGGACAACUUCACAGCAUCAAAGGGACGAUGGACGAGGCCGUGUACCGUCACAUCUUGGGUGAGAACCUCCUUCCCUCAGCCAGGGCAUUGAAAAUGGGUCGUGGAUGGGUAUUCCAGCAUGACAAUGACCCAAAACACACGGCCAAGGCAACAAAGGAGUGGCUCAAGAUGAAGCACAUUCAUGUCCUGGAGUGGCCUAGCCAGUCUCCAGACCUUAAUCCCAUAGAAAAUCUGUGGAGGGAGCUGAAGGUUCGAGUUGCCAAACGUCAGCCUCGAAACCUUAAUGACUUGGAGAAGAUCUGCAAAGAGGAGUGGAACAAAAUCCCUCCUGAGAUGUGUGCAAACCUGGUGGCCAACUACAAGAAACGUCUGACCUCUGUGAUUGCCAACAAAGGUUUUACCACUGAGUACUA